AUGAAUACCCUAGGGCUAACUAUGAUAUUAAAAAUGGGUUGUAUAUGUACCAGAGAAUCUAUCAAUAUAAAUGGAACUAAAUAUAUUGUGAAAGAGAGAUUAGGUGAAGGGGGUUUCUCCUGUGUAGAAUUAGUGGAAAACACUAACACAAAAAAGAGGUAUGCCUUGAAACGAAUUACUUGCCACAGCAUUGAGGACCAGAAAAUUGCAAUGCAAGAAAUCAACUAUUGCAAGAAGCUUCGGCAUCCAGGCAUUAUAGAACUGGUAGAGUCUACUUUCAAAGGAUCUGCAGAUAUAGUAGUGCAAGCAACAUCUGAGGCCUUCUUGAUCCUUCCAUAUUACAAAAGAGGAACUCUACAUGACUACCUGACUCUGAAAUCUUUCAAUAAAAACUACAUGGAUGAAAAAGAUGUUUUCAGGAUAUUCUUGGAUAUUUGUCAAGCAGUAAAGUUCCUCCACGACUUCACUCCUGAUUCUAUUUCACACAGGGACUUGAAGACUGCCAAUGUAUGUUUAACUGAUCAGUUGGAUCCAAUUCUAAUGGACCUCGGAUCUUGUGCACCAGCAAGGGUGCAAAUAUGUGGGGCUCAAGAUGCACAGAAAUUACAGGACAUUGCUGCUGAGAGAAGUUCAAUGACAUAUAGGGCUCCAGAGUUAUUCCAUGUUGAAAGUUAUUGUGUCAUUGAUCAGAGGACAGAUAUUUGGAGUUUAGGAUGUAUUCUGUAUGCAAUGCUGUACUUCAAAUCUCCUUAUGAUAUUGUCUAUGAAAGAGGAGAUUCUGUAAAUUUGGCUGUGAUAUCUGGAACUAUCAAUUUUCCUCAGGAAACUCCUUUCAGAGAGGAAUUUCAUGAUUUGAUCCGUCUCAUACUAGAAGUGAAUCCAUCUAAUAGGCCUUUUAUUGAUGAAGUGAUAGAAAAAACUGAAAACUUGAGGAACAAAAUCGGAAACAUAGUUUAG